AUGGAGGACUCGGACAUCAGAAAGGGUGAUCGAGAAAUCCGUAAAGGGUUACGGAGAAAACGGUCGAAAGGCUCACCUGGAACCGAAGCCCAUGAGAUGAAGAAGGUGAAGAAGCAGCUACCGGUAUCGCAGGAUGUACCAUCCAUCAAGUCACCUGCAAAUCCGAAAUGGGAGAUUGUGAAGAGCAAGGAGAGGAAAAAAGGGCAGAGUGCACAGCCCGAUCAGCUGACUUCCAAAAAGAAAAAGGAGCGCCAGGUGAAGACUUCCAGGAAACCAGCGCCGAGACCUGAUGCGCGGAUUAUUCGGCCGAAAGACAAGGAGAAAUACUCGGAAAUUCUAUGCCGAGUAAAGAAAGAUGUUCCUCCGGAAAAAGCUCACGAUUGCGUCGACAAGAUCCGUCGGACAGCCACCGGGGAUAUGUUGAUAAUCUUGAGCAAGAAGACGACUGACGGAGCCGCUGAACUGCGUACAGCCAUCGCCAAUCUCCUUGGAGAUGAGGCUCAAGUACUCAGAAAAGGACCACAAGAGGAACUCGAAAUAAAGGAUCUCGACGAGACAACGAAGGAAGAAGUUCUCGAAGCCCUACAAAGAAUAGCUGGAGAGGAGCACGAAAUAACUCCCAAGGCGAUUAGAUCUUUGCGUAUGGCAUAUGGUGGAACCCAGACCGCCUCAGUGACUGUCGCAGCAACUGCUGCGAAAAAGAUCCUGGAUGAGCAUGGCAAAAUUAAAAUCGGUUGGGUCAAUUACCGUGCCAAGAGAAUGGAGAGACCAAUAAAGUGCUUCAGGUGCUGGCACUACGGACAUCUCGCCACGAAACGCACGAGUACAGUUGACCGAUCCAAGCUCUGCAUCAAGUGCACAGUGACUGGGAACACACCUUCAGACUGUAAGGAGAGGCCCUUAUGCGCGUUGUGUUCUGAGAAAAAAGGCAACACGGAGAAUUGUGCCCACAGUGCUGGUAGCAGUAAAUGCCCAGUUUAUAAGGAGGUACUCCAAAAGGUCCUCAAUAAAUGA